CGUAUGUCACCUUGUGCACUAUGUUUUAGACCUACACCGCCAAACUGAACUACAUACAAGACCACUGAAAUGGUCAUUUGAUGUUACCAGGGAAGUCCGGUGGAAUAGCUCUAAGCCCAUUUGCUCUGUUUAUCAAUGUUGUCAUUGAUUUUCCUGUCAGUUCCUCUCAGCGAGAGCGUGGCAUUGAUUGGUUUCCUGUGUUGGCAAAUGUUGGUGGCAACAUGCAAGCUGCAGGCCAGUCCCUGCCCUAUACCAUAGUGGAGGGUUCAACAUCGACAUCUGAAUGAAAGAAGUACAUUUGUUUUACCUGAAUAUGAACCAUGAAAGAGGAGACUGAAGGUUUUUGAAAACACUUGUCCAAAAAGUGUCCUGAAGGAUGAAUAUUUUAGUCAUGGCUGUCUAGUUGUCCAAGACCAAGAAGGAUCCGACAUUCAGGUUUUUGAAUCAGCCAGCAGAGCUCUAUGUCUGACUCGGACCUUAUGAAGAGUGGGGGACCAGCCAGCAGGGGCCCCGAAUGUUGCUCACCUCCAACUCCCAGAAUGGACCUGCUCAUCCCCUCCAAGGUGAAGGACCGCUCUCAGAACGUCACAGAGAAGGUCACGCAGGUACUUUCUUUGGAGUCUGAUGUACUGCCCGAAUAUAAACUCCAGGUGCCAGAGACAACAUGGUGGAUCUUGCUUCAUUACAGCCCCUUCAAGGCGUUUUGGGACUGGAUUAUUCUCAUCCUGGUCCUCUACACAGCUGUUUUCACUCCUUACUCAGCUACCUUCCUCCUGGAUGAACACGGGGAUUUACGGCAAAGGAGUUGUGGCUACACAUGUAGCCCUCUAAAUGUGGCAGACCUUAUGGUGGAUGUGUUGUUUAUUGUGGAUAUAGUCAUCAACCUUCGCACAACGUACGUGGAUCAAAACGACGAGGUGGUCACACAGGCGAGCCGGAUAGCCAAGCACUAUGUCAAAGGCUGGUUCCCAAUCGAUCUGUUUGCAGCGAUUCCUUUCGACCUUCUCAUUUUUAGAUCUGGCUCUGACGAGAUGGCAACCUUAACAAGCCUGCUGAAAACUGCCCGGCUGUUGCGAUUGGUCCGUGUGGCAAGAAAGCUGGACCGAUAUUCCGAAUACGGGGCUGCUGUCCUGUUCUUGCUCAUGUGCACCUUUGUGCUCAUCGCCCACUGGCUCGCCUGCAUUUGGUACGCUAUUGGUUUUGUGGAGAGGCCGUACACAGAGACCGGCUGGCUAGACAACCUGGCUGAACAAGUUGGCAAGUCAUACAACGACAGUGACUCCACAUCCGGUCCAUCAGUCAAAGACAAGUACGUCACCGCUCUUUACUUCACCUUGAGCAGUUUGACGAGUGUAGGGUUCGGUAACGUCUCUCCAAACACCAACUCAGAGAAGAUCUUCUCCAUCUGCGUCAUGGUCAUUGGCUCCCUCAUGUAUGCCAGCAUAUUUGGGAAUGUGUCAGCCAUCAUCCAGCGUUUGUACAACGGCACAACACGCUACCACACCCAGAUGUUGCGAGUCAAAGAGUUCAUCCGAUUCCACCAAAUCCCAGGUUGUCUUCGCCAAAGGCUGGAAGAGUACUUCCAGCAUGCCUGGUCCUACACAAAUGGCAUUGACAUGAAUGCUGUUCUGAAGGGAUUCCCAGAGUCUUUACAGGCAGACAUCUGUUUGCACUUGAACAGAUCUCUGCUACAGAACUUUAAGGCUUUCCAUGGAGGCAGUCAAGCCUGUCUGCGCGCCUUGGGUAUGAGGUUCAAGACAGUCCACGCUCCUCCUGGAGAUACUCUGAUCCACUAUGGAGACAUCUUGGACUCUCUCUUCUUCAUCUCACGUGGUUCUAUCCAUGUCAUUAGGGAUGAUGUGGUGGUCGCCAUACUAGAAAAGAAUGACAUCUUUGGAGAGCCUAUCCACCUGUAUGAUGUGCCGGGGAAGUCCAAUUCAGACGUACACACCGUCACCUACUGUGACCUGCACCGCGUCCAGAGGGACGACCUGCUCGAGGUCCUUGAUAUGUACCCCAGCUUUGCAGACAACUUCUGGAGGAACCUGAAGAUAACUUUUGACCUGAGAGAUGCUGAUCAAGUACCACCAAUAAUAACUGAUGAUUCUGGUGACGACUGCGGGUAUCGCCACAAGCCGAAACACCGAAUCCACACCCUGGACUGCAGAAUCAGGCCAGAUGGAAUCGAUCAUGAAGACUCGUACCCCCUUCAGUCCUUCCAUCAUGGUCACUCACAUCCUCAGGCCCACUGGGAUGACCGCUGUAGCUGCGGAUCCCCGUGUUCCCAGUCUAGUGAAGACCUGGCUAAGCCUCUUGCCCAUGGUUCCAAAGUGGAGCUUUACCCUCCAGAAGAUGCCAGACAGGACUACUCCCCCACUGUAGUGCAGCUGAUCCCCCCGAGUGGCACCUCAGUGGGGAGGGAAGCAGUGCUGGAUCGGGGCCACCAAGCUUCAUCUCUGAAUGGGCCGGGAAUGUAUCAAUACUGGCCAGAACGUCAGUCCCAACAGUUUUCCAGUCGUGCCUGGCGAUCUUCCUCAGUCCGUAACUCAUACCACCCCCCACCGUUCACAGAACGACGACAGCCCAGCGAGCUGGAGUCGCGUCUUGAGGUUUUACAUUCCCAGCUCAUCAGACUGGAGACUCGCAUGACAGCCGACAUCAACGUUAUUCUCCAGCUUCUACAGAGGCAGAUUGCUCCUGUACCUCCUGCUUACAGCACUGUAUCGUCUGGUACCCUCCCGACUGACUCACCUGCCCUGUAUGAAACAGGGACACCAGUGCAGAACACCAUUAUUCCCAUUUCCCCCAUACAGGUGGACAGCUGUGCAGCCACACAGAGCUCGACUCAAAGUGACCCUCAAUUCACCCAGAAGUCCCAGGAGUCGCUGUCCAGCGGUAUCCAUAUGACUGUGACGUCAAACGACACCAUGUUCAUGGCCGUCACCCCCGAAACUGAGUCCCACACAGGGUUGACUCCGCAGCUGGCCCUGCCAUCAGUCAAAUCCUCCCUCAUGGAGAACCCCAAGCUGUACGGCAGCCUCCGAUACCCCUCGCUGCCGGGGGACCUGGACAUCACCUCAGGUCUGGCUGAGAUCCAGAAACACCUCUCAGACCCUGUGCUGCCCGUCACCUGAAAACCUUCAGUAAAAGAGUUUUUGUGGCCACCAGUGUGAUUUUCUAAGUAGUGAUACACCGCUACCUAAAGACUUCUGCAAGGAGCCAUGUUCAGCUUCCAUUACACAUUUGGACAAGUAGUGUCUCAAAAGUCUGAUCGAGGAUUUCCAUUUCAUACAGCAUUGACACAGUAUCACAUUUAAGCCAGUGGUAAUUGUAACAUAGUAAUCAUAGUUUUAAAGGACAUUUGCAAAUGUGUGACGCAGAGUCCAUUUCUUUUGGGUUCAGUACAUUUUCUGAGUGCCAUCCCCAGAGCUUAUAUCUUGACCAGGAGAAGUGACUUGUUGGGAGUCUCCACUGGUUGCCUGACUGGUCCCUGGCCAAGAAAUAGUCUAGCACGCAACACCCCAUGAAACGGUUUCCCUGUCAGUUUUUGUGCUAAGCUAAGCAGACCAUCUGCUGGCUGCAGGCUGAAACACACAAGAGUGGUAUCUCUCAAAGAGUGGGUGUCUGCCAUCUAAUUCUAAUCAGUGUUACCCACAAUUUCAAACUGUUCCUCAACAGGAUAAUUUCUGGGAUAUUAUUUUUCAACAUACGCACAUCAGAUGAACAUGUUUGAUAAGGAUCCAUUGAAUUUGAUUAAAGAAUUGUGACAAAGAUUAUAAAAUAAUUGAAACAGUUCAAUGUUAAAAUCAUCUUGUCAAUGCUCUAUGGUGCAUAAACUAUGUGGGGGCAACACUUUUUCUACAUUACAUGAUGCACAUAUAUUU